GGAGACAGAGCCCCUCUAAUGUCUCUAAUGUUCCUAAUGUUUGUGUUUGGUUCAGUUUAACAUUUCCAUCAGAAGCCGGCUCCGGUCUGGUCCUGGAGAAGCAGAUGCGGUCCAUGUAGUCCUGCUUCAGUCCUGUUCUAGUCCUAGUCCAGACCUGGUCUUAGUCCUGGUCUUGGGAUGGGCCUAUGGAGGAUGUGUUUCUUCAUUAUAAAUCUGGACCGGACCAGGACCUGCCUUCUCUGAUCGGGACCACUGAGAGACUGCUGGCCCCAUUCCCCUGUCGCCCUCCUCAGGUAUUCAGUCCCUGGUUUCCCUCCAUCGUAGACAGACACCUGCCGCUGAGACCGGCCAGACAUCCUCCCAAAAUCCUCUCUGCUCCUGCCCCGAGUACAGAGGAGGUGAGAGAGGAAACUGGACUAACCCAGGAUCUAAACCAGACUGCAUCAAUCCAGGACCAAAACCAGACUGGACCCAAUGAGAAUCUAAAUCAGACUACACAGGAGACCAGGGAGAAAACAGGACCGAAUCAGGAUCCAAACCACAUUGAAUCGACCCAGGACCAAAACCAGACCAGCCCCAAUGAGAAUCUAAACAGCUGCCAAACUGGACCAACUCAGAGGCAUGAUAACUUCAUGAAGAAUGGAGAGACCAGUCCCCGAGUGGACGAACAUGAGGUCAUCAGGAGUGAAUGUCCCUUUGUCCCAGAGACCCCCCCAGGCCCAGGUCUACAGGUCCAGACCGGAUCAGGAUCUAAACCAGAUUCUCCAUCCAAACGCUGCUGGACUGUGUUUAGGCACAGAGUCCAGACUAAAGAUCGGACUAAAGACCAGACCAAAGUCAAGUGCAGGGUCCAGACCUCGUCCAGGCGCUUCCUGCAGACUGUGUCCAAACUGAGGCUCCAUCCCAGGCAGAGGGUCAAGUGGGUCAUCGAUAAAAACAACUGCAGAGACAUAGAACAGGUAUGGCGCUGCCUCUCUCGGCCCUCCCUCUCGGCCCUCCCCUCCUCCUGUAACGCUCACAUAGUCCGGGACCAGGCUCAGAUCUGGCUCUACUGUGACCUGGUCCAGUCUGAGGAGGUUGGUCUGAGGCUAAAGGAAGAGCUGAGUCUGAGGGGAAGGAUCUCACUGUGGGAGCGGAGCCACGGGAACAUCUACUGCCUCUAAUUGAACUGGUUUAAACUUGUGAAAGUUUAGAACUCCCCCUCUUUAAACUCUUUAAAGAAAGGAAUUCUGCAAAAUACAUUAAAAAAAUCUUUCUCCCAUGUUAUAAUGAUGUCCCCUCAUCAAAAACAUGUCUGAAGAGGUUUUAGAUGUCAUCCAUGCAUGUUUGACUAAUCUAGCGAUCUCUCACGGGCCCUUUUUGAACCCUCCUUUCAGUUAGCAGUAAGAUCCUGUACGAGGCUCCACCCACAAGCCUACGCCACCUAUGCUCCCACCUGACAGUUCUCCAUAAAUAUACAAAAAACAUGAUACAAAACUGUACACAGCAACUUAACAAACCUGAUGUGAUGUGCAGUAAUUUCAUUAGUGGCAUGCAGCUGAUUGUGUUGUGAUAGCGCUCUGAAGGGGGAGUGACUUAGCGCGGAGAUCGAAGGGAGGGUGGACUCAGAGCGUCAAAAAUGAAAGUUAUAAAACAUGUUAGUACGUUGUUUUGGGUGAAUAUAGCAUUUUCAAAACAGUAAAAGGAAGCAUGGUGAUUUGAAUAUGUUAUGUGUUAGCAGUGAAUCCUCAGGUGGAGUAAACCUUUGUAACUAUCAGAUGCAGAUGUGUUGACCCGGUUUAUGCUUAAUAUCUCUGUAAUUACUGUGCUUAUCCACAUGAAACAAAAACUGGCACAAAGGUCUUCUCUAUCUCAAUACUUGAACUGAGAUUAAACAGUUUGGGAUUGUAAAUUUAGUUAUUUAUUUCCAAAACAGACCAUAGAGUUAUACAGCCCACUCCAAAGACACCAAGAAUAGAAUGAACUCAAGAUGCAGUGUAUCUAGCCAACUGGAACUGACCCAGGUUUAUGCAUAUUUCAGUCCUGGUUCAGUCCUGGUUCAAUUCUGGUUCAGUUCUGGUUCAGUUCAGGUUUAGAUCUUGAUCAGGUCCUGCAUAUUUUAUGCAUAUUUCAGUCCUGGUUCAGUCCUGGUUCAGUUCUGGUUCAGUUCUGGUUCAGUUCAGGUUUAGAUCUUGAUCAGGUCCUGUUGGUGAUCAAAAAGCCAAAACUUCACAUGAGCUUUAUCACUGCUCUGUGAUUUAUUUUUAUAGGUGCAAGUAAACUACAAAUAACUUUUUAAAUAUAUUUUAAAAUCCAAGUUUGGCCUGUCAUAAAAACUAUAAACAAGUCCUCAAAAUCUGCGUGCAAACUGUAAAAGUCUGUUUAGUUAAUUUAAAAAAGGAUAAUUAUUGGGAAGUGGAAUAAGACUCAUAGCCACAUGAUUAACAUUUUAUUUAAAUAUUUGGUGUAUGAUUUGUUUGUGCCAUAAAUUACCUCAGAGGUGUUUAAAACCUGUAUUUAUAAAUGUGUUCUACACUGGAAGCUGCUUUUUACAAUUAUAAUGUCUGUUACAGCUGCUAUGAUAAACUGUAGUUGUACAAAAGGAGGAUUUACUCCAGAUGAACUUGUGACCAAAACACUUUUAUAAAAAUGUUUCACACUGCU